GCGGUGCUGAAAGCCUGCCGAGACCCAAGGUGGGAAAAAUCUUGGCUGGCCAGUCCCAAAGCAUUUGGAACCAGGAAUUACGGUGACAGAGCUCCCGGCCAUGGAAACCUCCACCUGGCAGUACUGCGGAUAUUUACGGGAUGACACAAGUAAGGCGAGGGGGAGAGACUGCCCAGCUUCCAGGGGAGACUCCGCAGGGACGUGUGAGGAUUAUCCACUGCUGCAGCUCAGCCAGGAGGGCCUGGGACACAGCCGGGAGCGGGGAGACCUCCCCGACCUCCGGAGCGACACCACGGGCCCUGCCAAGAGGUCAGAGAUGAGCAGCAGCGGGCAGAGAGGGCAGAGGGGGCCGGCAGGGGAGCUAUGCCUGGAAGAGCAUCCCGUGCCCAAGGGGUGCAGGAGAGGGCGGGAGGGAGAAGCCCCUCCGAAGGUGUACGAGCUGGAGGUGGUGCCCAGGAGGGUGGGCACGGGCAGGACGGUGAGGCCAGUGGUCUACAGGCUGGAGGAGAGCGAGUACCGGCGCCUCAUCCAGGAGGCAGAAAUGGAACCUGAGGAGGAAUGGGAAGAGACAGAGGACACGCUACUCUUGAUUCAGGAGGACUGUGCAGAGGAUGGGAAGGUGGCAAGCCCGAGCCUCAGCAGGCUCAACUCCUUGGACAGAGUCGUGAGGAGGCAGAUGAGCCGCUCGGACUCAGAGAGCAGCGUGGAGAGUAGGCAAGUGACCAAACUGAGCCCCAAGAGCCCCUCGGAGGGGAACAAGCCGACUGUGCCCGUCAGGUCCGACAGCUUCGAGCGCAACGCCAUCCUCAUGGAUUACAUCCUGCAAAGCAAGCAGGAGGCAGGCACACCUGUCUCCUACAUCCCCAGGGACAGCAGCAAGGCAGCCGAGAGCCUGAGGCAGGCACGGAGCUUCGCCCCCCAGCCCGAUGCAGCACUUGACCUGUGCCAGAACGGCCAGGCCAGCGAGGAGGAGCCGGCCAGGAAGCCCGAGCCAGAGCAGCAGGUAGUGAAGAGCCUGGAGAGAAUGGUCCCUGCGGUCACAAAGUAUCCCUCGGUGGCCAGAGACACCGGGAGGCUUUCAAGACAGAGCAGCAGCCAGCUCCCCGAGAGCAGGGAGCAGCUCGGAGGUGAAGCUGAUGAACUCGACUCCUACAUCCCGAAAAAAACCCCCCCGGCCCCCCCUGUCAGGACCCACAGCAAGGAGAGCCUGGCUCUGAGUAUGAGCAAGGCUGUGGCACUGACGGAGGCGCUGCUGGAGCCCCUCAGCGACGAGGCCAGGGCUGGCAGGGAGCAGUGGGCAGCGGCGGGCACGGAGCUGCUCCCUGGGGGCAGGACUGCGGGAGGAGGGGGCUCGGAGGAGCCGGAGCGGAAGGGGAGGCAGAGUCAGGAGGAUGAGAAUGUGCUUAAAGUUGCCGAUGCCAAGAAAACCUUCGAAAAGCCCAAGGCAUCAGAGGGGACGGCAGCAGCGCCAGCGCCCAAAAAAGACACGAUGAGGCGGGUGGUACGGCAGAGCAAAUUCCGGCACGUCUUUGGCCAGGCGGUGAAGAACGACCAGUGCUACGACGACAUCCGCGUGUCGCGCGUCACCUGGGACAGCUCCUUCUGCGCCGUCAACCCCCGCUUCGUGGCCAUCAUCGUGGAUGCCAGCGGCGGGGGAGCCUUCCUGGUGCUGCCUCUGCACAAGACAGGCAGGAUUGACAAGUCCUACCCCACAGUGUGCGGCCACACGGGGCCGGUGCUGGACAUCGACUGGUGUCCCCACAAUGACCAGGUCAUCGCCAGCGGCUCCGAGGACUGCACUGUCAUGGUGUGGCAGAUUCCCGAGAACGGGCUCACCCUGUCCCUGACAGAGCCUGUGGUGGUGCUAGAAGGCCAUUCCAAGAGAGUGGGCAUCGUGGCCUGGCACCCGACGGCGCGGAAUGUGCUGCUCAGCGCAGGCUGUGACAAUGCCAUCAUCAUCUGGAAUGUGGGAACAGGAGAAGCCCUCAUCAACCUGGAUGACAUGCACGUGGACAUGAUCUACAACGUGAGCUGGAAUCGCAACGGCAGCCUCAUCUGCACAGCUUCCAAAGACAAAAAAGUCCGAGUUAUCGACCCCAGGAAACAAGAAAUUGUCGCUGAGAAGGAGAAAACCCACGAGGGAGCGCGGCCCAUGCGAGCCAUUUUCCUGGCAGACGGGAACAUCUUCACCACCGGCUUCAGCCGCAUGAGCGAGCGGCAGCUGGCGCUGUGGAACCCGAAAAACAUGGAGGAGCCAAUAGCCCUUCACGAGAUGGACACCAGCAACGGGGUCCUGCUGCCCUUCUACGACCCAGACACCAACAUCAUUUACCUGUGUGGGAAGGGCGACAGCAGCAUCCGCUACUUCGAGAUCACGGAUGAGUCUCCGUACGUUCACUACCUCAACACCUUCAGCAGCAAAGAGCCGCAGAGGGGCAUGGGGUUCAUGCCAAAGAGGGGCCUCGACGUCAACAAGUGUGAGAUUGCCAGGUUCUUCAAGCUCCACGAGAGGAAGUGUGAGCCCAUCAUCAUGACGGUUCCCCGCAAGUCCGACCUCUUCCAGGACGAUUUGUACCCGGACACAGCCGGCCCCGAGGCAGCCCUGGAGGCAGAGGAGUGGUUCGAGGGGAAGAACGCUGAUCCUCUCCUCAUCUCCUUGAAGCACGGGUACAUUCCAGGCAAAAACAGGGAUCUCAAGGUGGUCAAGAAGAACAUACUGGACAACAAACCCACCGGGAACAAGAAGAGUGAUCUCAUAAAUGCUCCAAAGAAAGCAGCGGAUGCCUCAAACCCCCAAAACGACGCCAAAUUGGACGAGAUUUUGAAGGAGCUGAAAUCCAUCAAGGACACGAUCUCCAACCAGGACGAGCGCAUCUCCAAGCUGGAGCAGCAGAUGGCCAAGAUCGCGGACUGACGGGGCCGCCAGCCCGGGCACAUCCCAGCUCCAGCAGCUCCCAGUUCAGCCAGCAGCAGCCUGCAGCAUUCCAGUACGAGCUUUCCUGUUCUCUCAAAUCCACGUCCACAGAGCCGAUGAUUUCAAGCCAAGCUUUUUAGUGAAAGAUAUUUUUUCGUUUCCCGAUGUUCCGAUGAAUUUCUGUGACUGUGUCAAAAGCAAGGCAAAAACGAGAAGUGCUACUUUUACAGGGUUUUUUUUUUUGUUCUUUUUGUUUUUUCCAGGUGUUAUUAUGAAUCUUUAAAAAACAAAUUCAUUCUUGACUUCCAAUGUCAUGCCCAAAUAUCUUUUUCUAGAUUUAGGGACCAACGUCACAUUGUUCUUAACCUUUUUUUUUUUUAAAGAGUUGCCAAAAAACAGAAAAAAAAAAUUGCUUUUAUUUUUCUUAUUUGCCACUUUUGCAGUAUUUGUGUUUCCAUUCCAAGGGACAGGGGGUGUGGGAGGUGUUUACACUGUGCAGAGAACAAAGCUGAAGCUUUUUUUGUAUAAAUCCUCCCUUUGGAACAAUCAGGUGGGUUCCCUUCCCUUCUCUUCCCUGUGGAAUCCCCUUGGAGAUGGGAUCAGCUGCCUUUCCUGCUCCACAACAUGUCCCCAGCCCCAUUGGCUGACAGAAAAAUACAAAUAUAUCAUUCUGAGCAAGGGGAUUUAUUUCCUACUGAAGUUUUAAGCCAGCACCAUGUUCCCAUUUUCCCACUAUCCCAAGGUUUGAUUCCAUGACCAAACCCACGUGCUUUACUUGCUCAUUUUUAUUUCCAUUUCAAGGCAGAAAUUACUUCCAUGCAGGAAUGUUUUUAUCCAUGGAGCAUGGAGUUCCAGGUGAGCUGUGGCAUGCCAGCAAGUCGUGGCUGUAAAUCCUUGUUCCUGCCCCCCAACACUCCUGAGCUCAUGGAUUUUAAGGAACUUUUGGAAUCCAUCAGCCCCUCACACCAGUGCUGAUGAUAGGAAUUUUCUGUGCUUCCAAGGCAGCGUUAGCAGCAGAAAGGUGAUUUUUCCAUGAUAAUUCUUCACAAACAAAACACCUCUGUUGUUACUUUUUUGUCAUUUGUUUUCUCCUGUCCAUCAUUCCCAUUCCUGCCUCCCACCCUGCCAUGCUGGAAAGAUUUGCAGGAAAGGAUUUGACCUCCAGCCCCCCCUGCACUCUCAGCCCUUCAGAGCAGAGGGCACUGGGAGGGCGGAUGUGAUCCCAGUUUGGAGAACUGGUUUCUCCCACAGCUCCCUUGGGAUGCUGCAGGGAGAGGCCCUGUGAGUGCUCUAGGCCGGCAAGCUCCUCCUGGGGUUCCACGGAGGCUCAGCUCAGCAAAGCUCAGCUCAGGCGGGGUCUCCCCUGUGAAGGAGCUGUCAGGGAUGGGGCAGGCUGGCUCCCUGCUCCCAGGCCGUGUCCUUGUGCUGGGAAUGGGAUCCAGACACCCUGGAAAGCUGUGCCAAGCGGGAUGGGGGCUGCCAUUCCUGGCACAGCCCAGCCCUGCAGUGCCAGGGAGUGCUGAUAACCCAUCCUGAAUCCAAAGGAUCUGAGAGCUCUGGAUCUCUAUCCCAGCUGGACUCUGUCCCUGUGGCAGCUCCGUGUGCUCCCACCUGGAGCAUCCCAGCGGACACGAGUCCCUUCAUCCAGGCUGAAGUGAUCGAUUUUUUUUAUUUUCCAUUAGUUUAGCUAGGAAUUCUCCGAUUUUCCAUUUUUUCCCAGUGUUUGCAUGUUCAGAACUUCCAGGUUAAGGAUUCCCUGUUGUGGAGGGACGUGUGAGUGGAGGCGGAAUCGGCCGAGGGAUGUAGCUGCAGAGGCACGAGGAUGGGACGGAGGAGACAGAGGAUGUGGUGGGAUUGCAGAGCAGGAAAGCUUCAGAACAGUGGGAUUUCUGUGUUUUAGGGACAAGUGGCAUCCCCUGCCCUGUGCCCGUGGAUCCACAAUCCGGCCGCUCCGGGUUCUUUGGCUGUUUGGUGACGUUUCUGUAUUGCAGUAAAUGCCUGAGAUGUGUAUUUUUAUGGAUUUUUUUUUUUCCUUUUGGAACCCGAACCCGAAGGUCGUUCUCCCCACAGUGGUGAUUUCUGUGUUGAUUUGUACGUGUGACUUCAGGGUUGUGUGCUCGGGGACCUCGGGUUUGUUCCUAACAUUGGAGGGAAAUCAGUUUUGGGAGCCGCUGGAUUGAGGUGCCCCGGGGUGGGGGUGUGGGAGAGUUUAGUUCCUAGCCUGUAUUUUAUUUAAAUGAACUGAUGCCUCGCCAGGCUCAACAGGAGUCAGUGCCUGAAGCUUUUUGUAGCCGUGAUAUCCCGGGAGAGAACCAGCCCAGUCCAGAAAGACGCGCUCUUAUAGAGCGACCAGAGUAUCUGUCCAAAUAUUUGCUUCCAUUUUCAAAAGAUAAAAGUCAUUGAUUAUAAA